CUCAAAAGAUCGAAGAGGGAAAAACCCUCGAUUUACUUCUUUUUUUCUGGCUUCUGUGCAUUCGUCUUCCUCGGCUGAGCAAUUCAAUCCAAACCGAAAGGAUGCCGACCGCAAUCCUUCCUUCGACCGUCGCCGUUCCCCGACCCCCCUCCACCCCCAGUCGCACGCUAUCCUCCGUUCGAUUCUUGUCGGGUGCCCAUGAAUUCCCCCUGCUCCACCCCCUCUCCGUCGAUUUCUGUGCCCGCGGCCGCUCGGCGCGAGAGCUCGUCAUCCGCAUGGGCGGCGGCCCCCGGACGUACCCCGGUGGCGUGUCCAAGUGGCAGUGGAAGCGGAUGCAGGCCAAGAAGUCGAAGCAGCUGCUCAAGGCCCGCCUCUGCCGCGAGCGCCAGCUCUACGAGAUGCGCAAGCGGUCCGAGCUUCGUGCGGCGGCGUCCGAGCUCGAGCGGCCCUGGGAGGUCGUCGAGCGCGCCCCCAACCUCUUCUCCGUUGCCGCUGAUGAGCAGCUCAAGGUCCUCGCGGACCGCUUCCAGCGCUCCGGUGGGUUCGACAUGUGGAACGACCGGGACGGCCCCCAGGUGUUCCGCUCACCCGUCGACGGGCUGCCGUCCGCCAGGUUCUUCCCUAAGGGAGUCGUGCACAGCGUGAAGCCCUAUGGCCUCGCCCGGGGACCCGGCCAGGACUCGGGGGAGGAUGGAGAGGAAGACUCGGAACAACCCAGGUUUGACGAUUGGAUCGCGAGGGGAGCGGGAGGGACCAGGAGGAGCAGGAGGAGGAGGUCAAGAAGGUCCUCGAAUAGUGGAGACAAUCGUGGUUCAGAGGAGGAGGACAUCAAUUUUAAACCCAAGAAUUUGGACGAAGGAACUGAACGAGGCGAUCAAAAUCUGAUCUUUAUCUCAGAGAAUUCAAGAUCACCGAGGAAUUCCUUUCGUCAAGAAAGUGGCACAGGGGAGGAUCGGAGGGUUUCUGCACAGCGUGGUGUUGCUAUUGAUUCACGCGGAGAGACUGUAGCUGCUGACAACAGGCUUACUGUUAGAUCAAGAAAUCAUGGCAACUCGCAGAGGCAAAGAUUUCGGCGGGGUCAGUACAGAUGGAACGAGUUUGAUGAAACAAUUGAUGAUUUUAAGAACUUGAAGGUGGAGGGUGGAGAAGCUAAUUCUGCUAGGCCGAAUGCUAGCCCAAGAAACCAUAGCAGAAGCCAGGGAUUUGGGGCUUGUUUUAGGGAAAAUGUGGUCCAAGGCAUUGAUGCUGGUAAUGUUGAAAGGAGUAAGAUGGGGAGCAAUGGAAGGCACAGCAAUGGCAAUAGUAGGUCCAAGUCAGAACGAGUAACCCUGCGUCCAACCACAGAAUUAUUCAGCAGGGAAGGUAGCCACAGCAGGAAAUAUCCCAUGCAGAAUAGAGAUAAUGGCUUCGGAAGGAAGGUUGAGGAAUCCCGAUGAUGAAAAUAAAACAAAAAACUAAAAGUUCAAACUCGAUGAAGUUCUCUUCAAUCGAUGACCACAUUAAGAGGAGAAGACGACGGGGAGGCUGUUCUUUGUCGAUGUGAGACUCGGAAGGAUAAGCCAUCGUCUGUUAAGAUCAAUGUCUAAAUUAGUUCGGGUGCAUCAUCUGAUCGUGUUAAAGAUGUAUGUGUUGACAAGUGCAUUGGUGAAGGAAAACAAAAUCCUGUGCAAUGUAACUUGUCAUUUGUUCUUCAUCCCAGGAGGACAUGCUGUUGGUCUCAUAUUAACACUUGCAUUUUCAUUUGAAUAAUGUAUCUUACACUUUCAAAUGCCCGAUCACAGAAAAAUCGGAUGAUCUUC